AUUCCAUCCCCGCUGCUAGCUACUUCCGCUUCUGUGUCAAACCCCAAAGCUACACUGCUAGUUCCUUUUCUGGACUUUGUCAAAGCGUUUACGCUGCUCACGACGACGAGAUUUCUAAUGUGCUUCCACCAACAACAAAGAGAGACAAACUAAACUGUUACUGCACUGCAUCAGUUUGCAUCCGGCUUUGUCUGUUGGCAAAACAGCAGGCAUUUGCUGGCGUGUAAUCAAACCAUCUCUCCUGAACAUUCUGUGGAGACUUAAGCACAAGCUCUGUGCUGCUGCUGUGGUGACGAUCCAUAAGAACCUCGACUGACGGGUUCCAUCCAGAGGAAGUCUCAAAGUGCUGCUGUCAAAAUGUGCUAGAAGCGGAACGGUCAUCAAUCAAUAUUGGUCAGCUUUGACUCCAGAAGAUGAGCAAUGAAGAUGUGUUCUACGACGCCGUCACAGGCAUAGAUUCAGAUGAGUCGUGCGAAGGGGUGUCAGAGUCCAGUUACAAAGAUGCACUGGUGUUUGACAGCAGCAGUCGGAGGAACAACGGCUCAAAGCCACAGGAGAAUGGAGUCAGGAAACACAGGACAUCAUUACCUGCCCCCAUGUUUUCCAGAAGCACCGUUAGUGUCUGGAGUAUACUUAAGAAAUGCAUCGGGAUGGAACUCUCCAAAAUCACCAUGCCUGUAGUCUUCAACGAGCCUCUCAGCUUCCUGCAGAGAAUCACAGAAUACAUGGAACACACUUACCUCAUCAACAGAGCUUGCUUGCUGUCUGACUCCGUAGAGCGCAUGAAGGCAGUGGCUGCGUUUGCUGUGUCAUCUGUUGCGUCUCAGUGGGAGCGAACUGGAAAACCCUUCAAUCCUUUACUUGGAGAGACUUACGAACUCAUUAGAGAGGAUCAAGGUUUCCGGCUGAUAGCAGAGCAAGUAUCCCAUCAUCCCCCAGUGAGUGCCUUUCACGCUGAAAGCCUGGCUGGAGACUUCAUCUUCCACGGCUCCAUCUACCCUAAACUCAAAUUCUGGGGAAAGAGUGUUGAAGCAGAGCCUAAAGGGACCAUCACACUCGAGAUACUUAAGCACAAUGAGGCCUACACUUGGAGCAACCCUCACUGCUGUGUCCACAACAUCAUCCUGGGCAAACUAUGGAUAGAGCAGUAUGGGGCAGUGGAAAUCGUCAACCAUAGCACUGGAGACAAGUGCGUGUUGAAUUUCAAGCCCUGUGGCAUGUUUGGCAAAGAGCUGCACAGAGUGGAGGGAUACAUCCAGGAUAAGAGUAAAAAGAAGCUUUGUGUCAUCUAUGGGAAGUGGACCGAGUGCAUGUGGAGUGUUGACCCUCAGGCCUACGAGGCCCACAAGAAGUCUGAGAAGAAAGGAGAACACAAGAAACACAAACACGAGGAGCCAGCAAGAUCUGUCAAUGAUGAUGCUGAUGACAUGCCAGAAGUCCAAGAGACUGUUUCGGUUGUACCAGGAAGUACUCUGCUAUGGAGGAUAGAUUCUAGACCGGCUCAUUCUGCUCAGAUGUACAACUUCACCAACUUUGCAAUGGCUCUCAAUGAAUUGGAGCCCGGCAUGGACACGAUGUUGGCGCCCACGGAUUGUCGCUUCAGACCUGACAUCAGAGCCAUGGAAAAUGGCAAAAUGGACGAAGCCAGUCACGAGAAGGAGAGACUGGAGGAGAAACAGCGAGCUUCCAGAAAGGAGAGAGCCAAGAAUGAGGAAGAUUGGUCUACAAGGUGGUUCCAAAUGGGGAUCAACCCAUGCACCGGCUCCCAGGGCUGGAUCUACUCUGGUGGUUACUUUAAUAGGAACUACAAAGACCUGCCUGAUAUCUACUGAUAGAGCGCCUCCCUUCACCUUUUCCCUCUUCCACAUCCCUAAAAUUAAGAAACACCAGACAUUGUAAUCACCUAGAUUGACUCACCAACAAUUAAAGUCUUCAUCAUUUAACUUACAAAGAAGCCGCGUGUCUCCUAAAACGUGGUCUGCUUCAUGUCUACUCGCUCUUUGCUUCCUUUACGGGUUUUAUGCCUUACAUGAGUGACUUUGGUCCUUGAAAAAUGCGCCCGUUGCUUUAAUUAUUUCGACACUUGACGGCUUAAUCACACUGUGUGACGUAUUCUGGAUUGAAAAACGGCUAUAGGGAAGCCAGCCUGAAGCAAUGUAAGAGAGUCAUGAACGUCUUUGGGAUGUGAGCGCUCCUCCCAGUGUAACUCAAAAGUCAAUGAAUUAAUUCCAGGCUUCAUCAUAAAACCUUGUGCACGGCAAGGCAAUGUUUUAGUUAACAUUCCUACCUGUCUAACAUGUCUAAAGAAUAUUGAAGUACUGUACAAUAAUACUAAAAUAAAACAUUAUGAUUUCAGUGAUAGGCUAUUUACGUGAGCAUCUGCUUCAGUCAUUUAAUUUGUGUAACUAAUCGCUAUGACUGUAUCACUAAUUUUGUAGCUGAGCAGUAAUACACUCUGGUAUGUUGUGGUGAGCUCUAUUUCCAGUUCUAUGGUUAUCGCUAUAUUUUUGGUACCUUAUUUUGGUGGCAUCAUGAAAAAGCAAAACGCACUGGAGAUGUUAAUCACUUGAACAUUUCGAUUGAUUGUAAACACAUUUGUCCAGACAGCAUUGGUUAAACAAAUCUCUCACAAAAAUAUUUGCCACAUACAUAAAUAAGUACAUUUGACUGAAUGUUUAGGAUGCUACAGUGUCAUAAAGUAAUGAAUGAGUGAGUAAUAAAUGAUUCUACUAAUAUGUACAGACACUUAAAGCCAUAUUAAGCACAAUGUGAACCCUUGACAUUGACUGUCAUUGUACAGUGUGUGUGCCUGUAAUGUUAAUAGUCUAGCUAUACCAAUAGGACGCUAAGAGCAUCAAUACGUCAACAUACCACCAGUACACAGGUUAUAGUCCAUUCCUUAUCGAUGUUAGUGCAAAUAAUUGCUCUCAUACCGACUGUACAGUAGUAGUAAAGAAAACGUGAACUGCCUUUCUUUUGUUAAAAUUUUUAUUUUGGCAACUUCAUUUUGUUCUUCAAAGCACUUAACUACAUGUGUCUUUCACCAGUUGCAUCUGCCAACAUUGCUCACUAUACAUCAUGAUUACCUAACCCCAUGUUUUUGUAAGCUUAAAAUACUCCUGUGAAGUAGACAAACACUAUUCAAGCGCAUUGUUCAUAUGCAAGUCUGUGCGGUUUGUACUGUUGAUGCGAAACAGAGCAAAAUUGGUACAACGCGAACACAGCCGUCAAAGUUAUACAUGAUACUUUUGGUUUUUCUUUUUUCUUUCUUCUUUCUCGCUCUUGCUCUAUCGUGACUGUUGAUGUUCUAUUUGUGUACAGAGUGUUACACAGAAAGUAAUCACACGCAAAAUUACAUUUUGUGCAAUUGAUUUAUUUUUGUAGUAUUUAAACCUGUUUUUUUUUGUUGUUGUUUUGGUGAGAACAUUGUACCAGAUGUUUUAUUUUUAGGUGGGGGAUGGUAUAAGCAUACUGUGGUAGAUUCAUGGACAAGGGGAUGUCUACUAAUAAAAUCCUUAAUUUCACUUUUUGA